AUGAUGCCUUCACCCAUGAAUAAUCCGGUCGACGAAGAAGCUAUGGUUGUUCAUGUGGAGCCACCUGCAGAAGCCAACAUCAUUACAUUCAAUUUCGUCAUAGAGUUUUUGUUCAAUUUUAUCGCCCACAUCGUUAAUCACAUGAAACCUUUGGCUCAAGUCUGGAUUAACUAUUACGAGCGAACAUUUAGGGAAGAAGCUGUUAUCAUGCCUCCAUCCCCAUUUAGCUUUAUUGUCACCAGUUUAUGUGUUUUUGCAGAAAUCAAAUCCCAAGGAUCUCAAUUUCCUUUCCAAACCCACCCUCAGUCCAUGAACAUAGUCGUUACUAGUCUGCUCUUUUAUGGUUUGGCUUCUGCAGCAGAACAUUUCAUUUCUGUCACACAUCUUGGUCCCACUUCGGUUUAUGCCAUCAUUGCUCGUUUGGGAAGGAUAUGUUGUCUGUGCAUUUUGGUGGCAUGUUUGGCAUCUUUGUUCUAUCUUUGA